UUUCAGUAUCCUUUGUUCACCUAAUGAUCCUUAAACCUUCCCAGGCUCUUGGUCUACAUCUUCCUUUCCUCUUGCCUCUUUGAAGUUCUAAGGCUUUGUUACGACACAGAUUCCAGAACUUUCGUGGGCCACAUUCCCUUAGUCUGCUUAGGUCUGAUCGACCCGAGUACACAAUUCCUCAGAGACCCUCUGUAUCUGUCUACAAGGGCCUCCCUGACAUCCAAGUUCAUACUGCUCAGAAGCAGUGAGCUUGAGUUGCUUUAUCUUGGCUUCCCUCUGACAAAGGAAUCCAGAUGAUGUGGAACCCACUGAAGGCAAUACCUGGAAAAUGGCAGUCUGGGAAGUAGCUUUGGCUGUCAUCCUGACUAUCCUGGGACUUGCCAUUCUCGCUAUUUUGUUAACAAGAUGGACACGACGCAAGCAAAAUGGUGCAAGGCUUCUGGACUAUGAAGAUGGCACAGGUGUGUCCUCUAAGAAACCUAAAAGAGGAAGAGGAUUCCAACAUUCAUAUUCAACAGAAAGUGAGAUGUCAUAUGAUGAUCAAGUGGACACCUUUGGAAAAAUCGUUAUAAUUCCAGGCUACGUGGAUGAAGGACUUACAAAAAAAUCAGAUUUCAAAGCACAACUUCCAAAACAUGGAGAAAUGACAGAAAGCGGGGAAUCACUGAAGAAGAAAGUAUUUAUAGAUUCUGAUGAAUCUUUUAUAGCAACACACAAAAAGGAGCCAAGAAGAAAAGCAAAAGUCAUUGAGCUGGAGAAUGACAAGAUAGGAAUGGAGGUCAAGGAAAAGAGAGAAGCUGAAAUAGUAAAAGAACAGGAAGCCCAAAUAAAGAGUGAGAUGGGAGUAACAAAAGCACCUGAGCCCCAAAGGAAAAAAAGUGCUGUCGCAGUACCCACAAGGCAGGAAUCUCAGAUACAAAAGAGUGAAGAGCAAAUACCAAAAGCCCAGGAAUCCCAAGUAAAAAGUAAGAUAGAAAUACCAAAGGAACCUGAAGCCCAGGAAAAGAAAAGUGAUCUAAUAGAACCCACAGCACAGGAAUCUCUGAUACAAAAGAGUGAGGAGAAAGUACCAAACGCCCAGGAAUCCCAAGUAAAGAGUGAGAUGAAAGUAUCAAAAGAGUCUAAAGCCCAAGAAGAGCAAACUGAAGCAGAAACACCAAAAGGAAAGGAAGCUCAAGAAAAGAAAAACACCACAUGGAUGCUGCUGCCAGUUGAAGCAGUAACCAAGCCCUCUUGGACCAUGGCUGCACAGGACUCUGAGAGUCUGGAUACCUAA